AUGGCUCCGAAAGCUGGUGGUGACUCUGCUAAAGUUAAUUCAGCGGUAUAUAAAGAUAAAAGCAAACCCACUGAUAUUCGGCUGAGUAACAUAGGCGCCGCUAAAGCUGUGUCUGAUGCUAUUCGUACUAGCUUGGGCCCUCGUGGUAUGGAUAAAAUGAUACAAAGCAGCAAUGGUGAGGUAACAAUUACCAAUGAUGGUGCCACUAUAUUGAAGCAAAUGAGUGUGAUUCACCCAGCUGCUAAAAUGUUGGUGGAGUUAUCCCGUGCCCAAGACAUUGAAGCUGGUGAUGGCACUACAUCAGUAGUAGUGAUUGCUGGUGCUUUGCUUGAUGCUGCUGAGAAACUGCUUCAGAAAGGAAUUCACCCAACUGUCAUCUCUGAUGGUUUUCAGAAGGCAUUACAAAUGGCUUUACAGGUGGUUGAAAACAUGGCUACUCCAGUGGACUUGUCAAAUGAAGAUGCUUUACUGAAGGCAGCUGCAACAUCUCUCAACUCGAAAGUUGUUUCACAACAUUCAACAAUUCUGGCUCCUAUUGCUGUUCAGGCUAUUCGGGCAGUUAUGGAACCAAUAGUUGGUGGUGUGGGUGCACGAGUCGAUUUACGCGACGUCAAAGUUAUUGAGCGCAUUGGAGGAACAGUGGAAGACACUGAAUUGGUUCAAGGGCUGGUAAUCCCACAUCGUGCCUCUAAUGUCAAUGGCCCACAUAGAAUUGAGAAAGCCAAAGUUGGACUCAUCCAGUUUUGCAUUUCUCCACCAAAAACAGAUAUGGACCACAAUGUUAUUGUGUCUGAUUAUGCUGCAAUGGACCGUGUCUUGAAGGAAGAACGUCAGUACAUCUUGAAUAUUGUUAAGCAAAUUAAAAAAGCAGGUUGCAAUGUCCUCUUGGUGCAAAAAUCUAUUUUACGUGAUGCUUUGAGUGAUUUGGCUAUUCAUUUCUUGGAUAAAAUUAAGACAAUGGUAAUUAAGGACAUUGAACGUGAGGAUAUAGAAUUUGUAUGCAAAACUCUUGGGUGCAGACCAAUUGCUUCUCUGGACCAUUUUACAGCUGAAAAUCUCGUUAAUGUUGACUUGGUUGAAGAGGUGAAUGAGCCUGCUGGUAAAUAUAUCAAAAUGAGUGGAUGCUCUGCUGGUGGGCGUACCGUAUCAGUGCUUGUGCGCGGAUCCAGUGGCGCCGUUGUGGCUGAAGCCGCGCGGUCUCUGCAUGAUGCGCUUUGUGCCGUGCGCUGCGUGGCACGUCGGCCCGCGCUAGUGGCAGGCGGGGGCGCACCCGAGGCGGCCGCGGCUGCAGCACUAGCACGUGCUGCGCUGACCGCACCAGGCGCAGAUCAUUAUUGUCUUCGCGCCUAUGCCGAUGCUCUCGAAGUUGUGCCCUCCACGCUUGCAGAGAAUGCUGGGCUAAACCCGAUUGAGACGGUAACCGAACUGCGCGCGGCCCACGCUGGUGGUGCGGAGAGCGGUGCAGGAUCAAACGCUGGUGUCAACGUGCGGCGCGGUCGCGUCACAGACAUGCGCCAGGAGCAUGUACUGCAACCACUCCACGUCACCGCCUCUGCUUUAGCGCUCUCCACUGAAACCGUGCGCGCUAUACUCAAGAUUGACGACAUUGUAAACACAUUAAAUUAG